AUGGUUGCAGUUGCAGUCAGUGAUCAUUAGGUUCCAGGUUAUGUCAGUUGUAGACCUAUACAAAGUGUUAUUGUUUUGAGUACGAUUUUUAUUUGCGUUAUAUUAAUUAUAAUAUAAUUAUUACAAAUAUAAACAAUGGCUCAUUAUAAAGGAGCUGCAAGUGAAGCUGGCCGAGCCAUGCAACUCAUGAAAAAACGUGAACAACAAUUGCAGGAUAUUGAAAUCAGGAAGAAGAAAAUUGAAGAAGACUUGAGGAUAAAUAACAUAGAAAAUAAAUUUGCUACACAUUAUGAUGCAGUCGAACAACAACUCAAAAGUUCCACAAUUGGUUUGGUCACAUUGGAUGAGAUGAAAGCAAAGCAAGAGAAUAUAGUUAAAGAAAGAGAGAAAAAAUUAGCACAGAAGCAAGCUGAGAAGGAGAGAGAGCGACAGAGAGAAAUAGAAGCUAAACAAGCAGAAAAGACUAAACAAAGACGGCAAAUUCAGGCACUCUCUUUUAGUGUUGAAGAAGACGAAAAUGGAGAUGAUAAUGAAGAAUCUGAAGAUUUUCAAGAUUCUUGGAAGAGGCAAUCUGAUGACAAUGAUUUUAGUAUUAAGAAAAAAAUUAAGAAAGACCCUAAUGUGGAUACAAGUUUUCUACCAGACAGAGAGAGGGAAGAAGAAGAAAACAAGUUGAGAGAGGAAUUGAGGCAAGAAUGGGCUGAGAAGCAACAAAAAUUGAAGGAAGAGGAAAUUGAUAUUACAUUCAGUUAUUGGGAUGGAUGUGGACACAGGAGAACUGUUAGAGUGAAAAAGGGAAAUUCUGUUUACCAGUUUUUGCAAAAAGUGUUGGAGCUUUUGCGCAAAGAGUUCUCUGAAUUGAAAACAGUGAUGGCAGAUCAACUGAUGUAUGUGAAAGAGGAUUUAAUAGUGCCACAUCAUUACACCUUUUACGAUUUCAUCGUUACUAAAGCCAGAGGUAAAAGUGGACCACUUUUUCAAUUUGAUGUACACGAUGAUAUACGGCUCGUCAAUGACGCGUCUAUAGAAAAAGAGGAAUCGCAUGCUGGAAAGGUUUUAAUGCGGAGUUGGUACGAGAGGAACAAGCACAUAUUCCCGGCGAGUCGAUGGGAGCCUUACGAUCCGACUAAGACUUAUGAGAAAUACACAGUUUCAGAUAAACACUCCAAACAUGCAUAGUUUAAUAAUUA